AUGCCAAUCUUUCGCACAUGGUACUUGCUCCGUGCGGAAGCUACUUGCUGCAGCGCCGCUUCAAGGUCAGGAAGCUUUCUGCUCGAACUUGGUUUGGUUGGGAAUGAGACGGGUAUGGUGCUUGGGCUUGGGCUUGCGGCCGCAGGUUGCUUUGCGGGUGACUUGAUCCCCAAUUCAGACCAAACACCCGCCUGGAGCCUCCAAGAGAAGCUUGACAAACUCCUUGGACAAUGCAUCCGCUCCUCACUAUCCUCUCUGUUUAUUUUUUAUUAUGCUGGUCAUGGUGGCCUUCAUGAUGGUGCUCUGUGCUUCACGUCACGCCACAAAAGAAUUCGGUGGCGUUCCAUCAUAGGUACUCUGGAAUCAGCACAGCCAGUGGAUUCUCUGGUAAUACUCGAUUGCUGCCAUGCGGCCGCUGCAGCACGGCAGCCCAACUCGACAACAAACAUUCAGAUCAUUGCGGCGUGUGGAGCUCAUGAAAUUGCAUCCGAACGCUCGAAUCGCGCCUCCUUCACCCAAAGACUGUUCCGCGCCGUGCAAAGGUUCAAGGGCCAAGAGAAUUUUACAACGGCUGAGUGGUACCAGCAGGUACAACUCGAAAAGCCGAAGAAUGCCCCUCACGCCGUCUUUGAAACCUUAAGCGGCACCGGAACCAUCAGCCUUGGGUUCAAUAACGCUAGUACAUCCCGCAUCCCCCGGCCAGUAUCUGGGGUGAGCCAGAAGCACGUGCUGGUGAAGCUGACGCUUGAGGGGCAACGAGACGCUGUGGAUAGCUUUUCGAAAGCCGUUCGCUCACUCCCGGCGAACAUGCAAGUUGAGAUUUGCAGUGCAUUCGAAACAGAUGCCUCUAUUUUCUUUAUAAUGCAGAUGUCAUGGGAAGGGUGGCUUCUGUGGACCAGCGUUAUACACUUGGACUUUGUGGGUGUAACGCUCGGCUCUGAUUUACUCCAUCCGUUCCUCUCCCAGACCGAUGUAUGGAAACCGACGAGAUGUUACGACACAGUACAGUCAUAA